GCGUAACUGACUCGAUGUUCUCGAGACCGCCGCUGUUUCGCGGGCAAGGUAGUGUCGCCGCGGACGGAGCGGCGGGCGGCGCACCCACGGAGGAGGACUUGCAGAAUGGCUGCCUUUGUUGGAGGAGGUAACGUGGCAUGCAUCGUGGCGUUUCGGGGACUGCGUGGGAAACUGAUUUGGCCCGUCGACGUGAAACCCCUCUACGUCCACGAGUGCAGACCAUUCUCUAGCUCGUCAUGGUCGUGGCUCCGCCAUCGUCAACGAAACAACAGUCGGUGGCGACGCGAAAGGAAGUGCUGCGCACGAGCAGCAAGACCCGGCGAUCCAUGGCCCCACACUUGUUGCGUCCAUUCCGGCGGGUUUCGCGUGACGGCCACGUCAAAGUGAAACCCGUCAAGGCGCGCAGCUUGUCGCUUGCGAUUCAUCGGCGAUCGAUCGAACAAUUUUUCUUUCCGAACCGCAAACGUCCCGUAGUCGUUCGCGCGCAGUCGGCAUAUCCCUCGCCGUCCAAGCGCAUCUCGCUCUUCCUUGGCAGCAUCAACCGCAAGGAAAAGAUCAUCCAGCGCUUCAUCCUGCACAUGCAGCUCGGCGUGCUCAUGCGGCAAACGACACACAUGCACUCGAUCACGAAAGGCGGCGGCGGCGGCGGUGGCAUCCAAGCGCGCGACUUGGAGACCCGCAUCGGCGACUGGACCCUCGACAAGCUCUACCGACAAAAGAACCUCUACAUCUGCAUCAACGCACUCAUGGGUCUCGCGCUAGCGAUGUGGGAACUGCAAUUCUCGUGGUCGCACUCGACCGUCGGCCCCGACUCGGACUGGAGCGCGACCAACGGUGGUUCGGUGCGGGCGCUCGGCAUCACAUCAUUCAGCACAAUUCUCAAGCUGAUUAUUUCCCUGUCGACGGUCGUGCUGCUCAUCCAAGUCGUCGACUUGUAUCGGCUCUACGUCAAGGAAAAUCAUGCGAUUUGGGGCGAUUCGGCCGAGUUUGGCCCUGGUCCGACGUGGACCGCAUCGCUCCUGACGUCGCUGGCUAUCGAGAUUGUAGUCUUGAUGGUGCAUCCGGUGCCGUUCCUUGAAGAGAUGGUGCACCAAGCCGCGUCAUGCCUCAUGUUUGGCCGGCUGUACUUGCUUGCGCGGGUCUACCGCGAUCACGCCGCCAUCUUUCGACUGCGAAAGGAAAUCGUUCAGCAUCGAUUCCUACACUCGUCGAGCCCCGUCUUCAACUGGGCACUCCCGCUCAAGGUCGCAUUCGAACAGUCGCCGCUCCGCCUCCUGGUCGUGCUCUUCUUCGCCGCGCUGCCCGUGUUUUCCAUCUCGAUCUACGUGCUCGAGCGACAAUACCAGCCCGACAUCUUUACGUUUGCCAACUCGACGUGGUUUGCAUAUUCGCAGCUCAACAUCCACAAGGUGUCGUUUCACGCACGUACGUGGAAAGGCCGCGUCGCGACGGCUUCGAUGGUCGCGCUGGUGAGUCGUCCGACGUCGAGCCAAGUCGCGCUCACCGACGGAUGCCAGGGAACGCUGUUCGAGACGAUGCUGGUGGUGGCGAUUUUGCACAAGAUCGGACUCCGCGACAAGGACCGCCUCAUGCUCGCGUACAUUCAACGCAAUGAGGCGACGCACGCCGUACAACACGCUGCACGCAAGGCCAUUCGGAAUUGGAUGCGAUGGAAGGUCGCCGUGCGCCAGCUCCACAAGGCCGACCGAGACGGAGGAGGCGGGUUGCGCCGCCCGUCGGCGCUCCAACCGCCGGCGUUGCUCUGGUCGUCGAAGCCGUUCGCGGUCGUGCCCGUCGCCGAUGGUCGGUGCCGCAAGCACGAAGCGUCGUUCUGGAACGCGAUCGAGAAAUUCCGACAAGCGCGCAGCGGCCAGCAACUCGUGGAACAAGCGGUGAACAACCCAGUCUUGGACAAACUACAUGCGCUGGAAGAAGCAGUGAUCAAGAUCCGGGCCAAGUUGAGCCAGCCCACAUGCUCCAUCUGCGGCGGUGCCCAGCGACCCGGCAGCGUGGCACCGAAACAGACCCACGUGGUGGCCACGGCCGCCGACGACGAGGCGUGCAUGAUGGCAGAGCUGGAAGGAUUGAAAAGGACGGUCUCGGCGUUGGAAAAGCAGCGCGCAGUGAUUCAAUCGCUCUUGUCCUGCGUGGCGUGAGAGAGAGAGAUGUACGCGCCCUUGCACUCGAGAGCUGAUUUGGUUAAGUUAAAUUUACACGACGCUAUACGAGUCCAACGGCGCCGUUGGGGUGGCGCCCACUGGAUGGUUGGCGAGGCAGUUGAGUUGCUUUGGCUGGAAAUGGUUGUGCGGAGUUGGUGGCGGCGGAGGGGGUUGGAGUUGGUGGUGGGUCUGCGGUGGAAGAGGCGGCGGGUGGUGCUGCUGCUGAGGUAGGGGCGGCGGAGGUUGGUGCUGUUGGGGGUGGUGGUGGGGCACUUGGGCAGUCUGCUUCCUCGUCAACUCGCCAAGUCGAUGGGCCAAAUGGUCGCGACUCAUGUGUUUGUUCACCAAGUAGACAAACCGCAUGUCUUGAAAUCGCGGUGCCGAUGGAUGUGUCCAUGCCCGCAGGAGCGUCGCAGUAUCUCUAGGCAUUUUCCCACCUUCUUCCAACUCGCACACGAGCCUGUACAUUUCUUCUCUCAGGUAGAAGUGCAUGUCGUGCUCGAGUCCGGUCUCGGACGACGCCGUCACGGGCGCAACGCACACGGGCGGGCCAGGACCAGGAGGAAGUGGCGGUGGAGGAGACGAUGGCGGCGGAGGCACUGUCGACGUGAUGCUUUGAUUUGCCACGUCUUGCAAGAUGUCGAGCCUGUUGCGGCCUUGGAGAUGGAACAACGGCGGGUAGUUUUCUUGGUUGGCUCGAUCGUAUCGUGGCGAGUUGAGUAGCGUGGAGAGGAGAAUGAGCUUGGAGUUGCCGAUGGACGACGACGCACACGGAAGAGCGGCCUUGCGCCCCACACUCAUCCUCGGCAGGUACGCGUUGUGGUUGACGUGGGUUUGCCGAGAAGCUUCGAGGGCACUUGUGGUCGGCGGAACAGGUUGGUGUGUCGAGGGAGAUGCCUGCGCCGCGGGAGGUAUCAACGGAGCGGUCGAAGUUGCUUCGGGUUGCCUGGGUUCGUCUUUCACAACCUUCAAUUUCUUAUUGGGUGGCUGCUUGUCUUGACGUGAUGCCUUCUGCUGCACUUCAGUGAGCUCGUCCUGAUCCGACUCGCCACUGCUAAUGCUAUGAUCACUGCAGUCGUUGCUCCCGUCGCUAUCGUCGUCUGUGGCGAUGGGAGACGGCGAUUUCGCGGGCGCGGCAAUCGGUGUUCGCUUCGGUUUCGAUGAGGGCUUGGAUUUUCGCGAUGAAUUGGCCGUCGACGUCCGCUUGGAAGGCGAUGAAGUGGUCGUGGUCGGUCGAGUGGUGCUUCGGUCAGCCAUGGCUUUUCGUUUUGGUGACGACGGUAGUCGCGUCUGGGGUGUCGAAGCGGUUGGUUUCUCCAACAACAUCGCUGGAGGGGGUGGUGUAGGUGCGGUCUUUGAAGUGGCAGCGCCACGCAGUCGUGGGGAUUUUGCGAUCUUUCCUAUAGUCGAUGACGGUGCAAGUUCAACGACAGUCGAUGAAAUAGGCACUUGUUCGUCCUUUUUGUCCUUCUUGUCGGUUUCUGCGGUCGCGGGCGUAGCCAAUGGACUUGAAGGCUCCUUCAAAGUUUUGAGCAGCGCUUUGCGCUUGGCUAAUGCUUGCCUUUCGGCUUCGAGCUGUUUAUGCGACGGCCGUCCAACCUUUCGUUUGGGCAAGUCGGGAAGUUGCACGAGCGCAGACGGCGACAAGACUAUCGCGCUUUCGUCGUCAACGUCGCCGUUUUCGUCUUCGUCGUCGCAGUUCGAUUCAUCUUCAGAGAUGACUUUUCGCGAUGACCGAGUGCGUGAGGUCGCAUCUUUGGUCGGUUUCGGAUGGUCGACAGAGGUCAUAUUCGACUUGGACGCUUUUCCAUUCGUUCGGUGUGCUUUGGCCUCUUUAAAACACGACUCACACACGUACGAAGCGGCUUUAUAGCGACCUGUGCUCUUCACCUCGGGCAAACAAUCAAUGUGAAACCACCGGUUGCACCCAUCGCACGCCAGGCUUUCAUUCACACGCUCGUCGUCCAUUUUGUACCACCCGUCGAAGCUCUUGCUCCAUUUGACAAAGUGGAUUUUCACGCUCGUCUCGACUUCGUUCACUUCUAUCACGACAGCGUUGUACAGUACCAUGUCAAACUCAACGAGGACGAGUUGCCCGACUUGUAGUCCCGCCUCUUCGUUGGAAAAUUCCUUGCGGCAGCCUCCACAUUUCACCUCGGCACCGCUGUCGUCCUUUUCGCACGACGGACAUACCACUGACACUUCAUUGUCGUCGUCAAGGGGAGUGACCCGUACUUUGUUUUUCUCGGCGCAUCGUCGGUGGUACCCAGUACCGCACGUAUCGCAAAAGUAAUGGCAAUUGGUCUUUGAACACGACGAGCAAGGUCGAGAACGCUGCUUGGCUUGGAUGAAAUCGCACACUUUGCAUGUUCCGGUGGCGGCAUCAACGAGGGAAAACUGGCAAUUGGGACACUCAUUGCGUUUGACCAUUGCUUUCUUCGGGGUCGAAUAAAUAGAUGCGGCAAGGGGAGGCCACGGAAGGGAACGUCUCGGACCGGUUGGAGGGUGCUUGGAGCGACUUUACCGGCGGAAGGAAUGGCGGGCGGCGACCGAGGAGAACGACCCAACCCACGUCUAUCAAUU